GCAACUUAUUUUGGUGACACGUUCUGGAACAAACUUUUCGUCGAGGUAGUCGUCGACAAAGAACAGACAUGACUUUACUACAAUGAGUGGCAACGACAUAUGUCGCCCGAAGGUCAAAGGAGCAGAUGUAAUCAUGUGCCAAGUAAAUGUUCUUUAAUGUCCACUUCCUGUCAUAAUGAUCGCUCGUUUGAAGUCGAGAUCUGCUCAAAUUCCAAAUAGAUGACCGUCUUUGGGUGGCUCCUGGCGUCUUAUACCCGCACUGCAGGUAUAUACGUGAUUGUCCUCACCUUUGCGAAUUCCUGAAGUUAACUCUGAUCACUCAUCAGGUGCUACACCAGGUGCUCAGUCUCUGCAUCACAAGGAUUGUCAGGCCGGUUGGACGGUGCAUGACACCUCCAUGAAAACGUGGAUUUCUUCAACAGGUUGACCAUCCAUCCCCUCUUUACCUCAAGAACCUCUUGCUGUAGUGCAUCAUUCAGCUGCUGUGCCAUUUUGUCCACCAGUUAUGGCUAGUUUCCUGGAUUUUGUAGUCUUUUUUGCACUGCUGUCUGCUCUUAUGCCCGCCAUUUUGUCAUCGCCUCGUCCUCUUGACAGCGUGGAUCGAACUGGAAAUGCUCGAAGAGUUAACGGCAGCGCGGAGUCCCACCGCCCCGAUGUGAAGUCUCACGGUGGCUGCGGGUACAACCAGUGGGCCUGUCAGUCUGGGGACGAGUGCAUCCCCUGGAGGUGGCAGUGUGACGUCAUCGUGGACUGUGCGGAUGGCAGCGAUGAGAACAUGUGUUUUGAGUGUGACAUUGGUUCUCGCAAGAAGAGACAGGCAGCAGACAGUCGGCGCCGACCGAUAGGAACAGAGAAGACCCUCGUUCCCUGGAAGUGGAUAUGUGACGGCAUCCGUGACUGUGUGGACGGAAGGGACGAACUGAACUGUGACUGUGGACAAGGAUUGUUCAGCUGUCUGGGUGCCAACGGCGUCAUCUGCGUGUCCGACAACUGGAAAUGUGACCACAUACUGGACUGUAAGGACUACAAGGAUGAGUCCACUGAAGAGUGCGGCCCACUUGAGUCUCGCUGCUGGCCGGGCGCGUUUGAGUGCGCCCAUGGUGAAUUCUGCGUGUGGCAGGAGUGGCACUGCGACGGCUCCAACGACUGCGGGGACGGUUCUGACGAGAUCAACUGUGGGCCACAACCAGGAAAUCAGAAUCCCAACAACCCGACGCCCCCUCCCCCCACGACAACCACCGCCCCUGCGACCACCACUCCGGUCCCUCCGGGCGUCUGGAGCAGCUGGACAGACUGGUCACAGUGCUCGGAGGUCUGCGACGGAGAGACGACGCGCACCAGGGUGUGUGUGACCGCCCGGCCGUGCGAGGGACCGUCCUCCGAGACGACCAACUGUGGAACCCCGCCACCGUGCAUCCCUGAGCCUCUGACCGGGUGCGGUACCCGACAAGUCAACGCGUACGUCGGUUCGCACCGUAUCAUCGGCGGGAGCCCGGCGGCGGAGGGCGCCUGGCCGUGGCUGGUGCAGCUGAAGAAGGAGAACACCGCCACGCCGUACUGCGGCUCCGUGCUGAUCGACAGCCAGUGGGUCGCCACGGCCGCGCACUGCAUCGUCGGCAUGGGAUUUCAUCUGUACCCGGAUAUGCUAAAACUGAUGGUAGGGAAACACUACCUCACCGAGAACUCGUACGACCCUUACGAGCAGACGCGAAAAGCCUCCCACAUCAUCAUCCACGCCAGCUACAACCAGUACACAGUGAACAACGACAUCGCCCUGAUCAAAAUGAACCAGCCCGUGGAGUUUGCGGAGGGAGGGAUCAACUUCAUCUGCCUGCCGGAGUCUGGGGAAGAGUUUGACGAGCAUGCCACCUGUUACACCGCCGGCUGGGGGCUGACCGAGAAGAAGGUCCAGUCACAUACUAUCCAGGAGGUCAAACUUCCCAUCGUGCCCCAUGACGUAUGCAACCAACCCAAGUCGUACAACUCUUACGUCACCGACAAGAUGCUUUGCGCGGGAAAAAUGACGGGAGGAAAGGACACUUGCCAGGGCGACUCGGGCGGCCCUCUGGUUUGCGAAAAGGCUGAUGGGAGAUGGUACCUUGUGGGCAUCACGUCCUGGGGUAGGGGCUGUGGUGAACCGAACUAUCCCGGAGUGUACACCAAGGUGUCCAUGUACAUGGACUGGAUACGGCUGAAGAUGGAUCAAAACAAAUGACGUGUAGCAGAGUUAAACCACUGAAACAGUCUAAAUGGUCCUGGGGGAUUUUCUGAUUCUUCCUGUAGUCCAUAAUUCGUCCGUUAAUUUUAGUAUUUCAAUCAUCCAUUCAAAUCAUCAAAAUCGCGUAACCUAUUAAGAAGAGAAUAAGAUAAGACGGGAAAAAAGUCUGACACCAGGAAAUAUGUAUCAAUUUCAGUGUACCGUGUGGGUGAAAACAAUAAAACUAGUAAUUUAGAUAGAAUAAAUGUAUUUUGAAUGAUAUAGAGAUUGUCAAAUAUUUCCACUAUCUUGCGACGUACAAAGAAUAUGACGGAAAGAACAUGAUCAUAGCAAAAGUGGAUGUUUUGUCAAGUAAGAUGAAAUAAAGAAAUGUGAACGUCAAUUAUGUGCAGAAAGAAAUGUUAGAUGUACCAGGAUAUAUAAAAUGGACAAAGAAGUUUAUCUGUUGUGUACUGUGAAGUUUGAUGAGUAUCCAAAUCAUCUGUUACCUUUAUUUCUGUUUAGUUACUCAUUUGUGAUCGUCCUUUUUAUAUUAUUUAAUUUUAUGUUGUUUUAUUUGAUUUUCUUUUGUUCCUCCGUUCUCAUUAACAAUGUCUCUGUGAUGAAAUGAUAAUAUAUACCGAAGCAAAUCAAUCUUACUUCGCUAAAUAUAAGGUGUUUAGAAUAUUACACUGAUAUUUGUGGACAUACACAUUGAUGCCCCGUGGUCUGAUUUCGAGGCUAACUAAAUAAA